GCACCGUGAUUUAAUGUUUUUUUUUGUUACUGCUGCAUAGCUGUGUGAAAAUAUUGGGCCAUAAAUUGGAUGCGCUUCAUUAUAGUUGUUGUGUUCAGCAAUUGAUGCACUCAUCAUGAAGUACGAAGUCAUAAAAAGCGAAGUGAAAGCAAAAGUGACAAAUAAACAUCAACAGAAAGGAAAGCAAAUCAACGUUAUUGCAGUGUGAUUUAUGAAAAUUACUACGACUAUACGAGUUGGGUGUUGUUUACGCUUGGAGUCUCUGAUAAGCGGAUUAAUUAUAAUUUCUUGUCAAACAACUGUCUACAGAAAGCAAGCGAUACUAAUACCAAGUGAGCCGACAGAUAGUGAGAAAGAUCCGGUGUGUAAACCAGAUCAUCGUCGUAACCAAAGAAGAAAAGAAGCAGAGCAAAAUCCGAUCCUAAAAGUUGACUGCUAGCGCUGGCAGUUGCUCGCUGAUAAACGUGGUGCUGCAACACAGAAACUACCACAAUGUUGACCUCAAGUAACCAGUAUAUUCGGCCGGAAUAUCUUUCUCCGAUUCCCACCACGUUUGACUCCAAGACAAGCCCGUUGGCAUUGCUGGCACAGACAUGUAGCGCAAUUGGUUCCGAUUCACCGAAUCCAAAACUUCUGGCCAACAUAGAAAAGAGUACAAAAAACAACCGGGACAAACUGUCACCUGGUACACUAUCCAGUGGGUCUUCAAAUGAUACUCCAAAAUCGAGUUUCAAGCCAUACGAGCCAUCUACGGUGAAUCAUGACCGAACUAAGUCACCAGAUGACAGUCAUCAUUCAAGUGCGAAAAAUAAAUCUCCUAAACGGUCCAUCAGCGCAUCUAAUAUACAACCCCAAAAUGGUCGCUGUGAAUCAAACCAAAGUGCUGCUUCAUCUCGAUCUUCUCCCUCGAAUCACAACCGAAGAACUCCUGGCAGCUCGCACCAACAACAAGAGCGCAACAAUAGUCCAAAUCGUGCCUCAUCCAAAGAUUCACCGAAUACGUUGAGCAGUUCUAUGGAACCCGCAACCUUAAAAACACUUACGGAAUCUGCAAGCAAGGAUCCCAGCAGUAACGGUGAAAGCAAUGUGAGAGCAUCCACUUCAGCUCCAGCCUCUACUACAGUUGGACCACCGUACUAUUCCGGAUACGGAAGCUAUCCAAUGGAUCUUAUGACUGCUAGUGCACUGAUGUCACCGCACCACCAAAUGUUCAAAGCAGCGACUAUGAACCCUUACUUCAAUUACUCCAAAAUGAAAAUGCCAGGAGCACCUGACUCGAUGAUCCCAGUGUGUCGUGAUCCCUACUGUACUGGUUGUGCCUUAAGCUCUCAUAUGCUGGGAAAACUCGGAUCGUCCGGUUGUCCAGCGGGCUGUACUCAAUGUGACCAUCCAGGAAGCAAAUCUUAUUCACAAGCUGCAGCAGCAGCAUCCUUAGCCGCUAGUCAAUCAUCCGCUGCUAUGUAUGCUCAUGCUCAACUUGCCGCACUGGCGGCAGCUUCUCAGUUACCUUACGUAUGCAACUGGAUAGGCAGUGAUUCAUCCUAUUGUGGAAAGCGAUUCGCAGCUUCCGAAGAACUGUUUCAACAUCUGCGAACGCAACACGCUGCCGGUCUUUCAAUGUCAGAAGCUCUGCUUAACCCUGCCACAGCAGCUGCAGCCGCGGCAGGAUUACCUCCAUCCCAUCCACUGUUCCAAAGAACUUAUCCAACACCACCCUUAAGUCCCAUGUCAACUGCCCGCUAUCAUCCCUACGGAAAACCAUCUCUACUCCCUCCUUCCAUGUCUCCGGCCUCUUUAGUCGGUAUUCAGAUGCCACCACAUCCUUCACUAGCGCAGUACUUUCCUCCGUAUUCGUUCUAUGGAGCGCGAUUAAACGGGUCAAAUAAUAUGCAUCCCUAAACGUUUUGUUCGGUUUGUAAAUAAUUUAUCGUUUUCUUAUGAAAUGUUAGUCAUCGGAAAGGAAAUUUUAAUGUAAUAAAACGAUACUUUGUCGAACUCUAGGCACUCUAUUGCAAUAUUUCAGAGAAGGAAAAAAUAAAAUAUUUUCUUGGAACA